GUGCUUGGAGUUCCUCUGUGACUGACCACUUCUUCCUUUUCUGUCUAAUGGUGAACACCUUUCUGGACCAGCUCUGUGUUUGAAUCUGAUUUAUGCUCUGCUCCGGAAACACCACACUGAAGUGAAAGCAGCUACCACACCAGUUAUUUUUCCUCAGAAGACUGGAGUCUGACUGGACAUGGCCCAGCACCAUCUGUGGAUCUGGUUCCUUUGCCUGCAAACCUGGUCUGAAGCAGCAGCAAAAGAUGCAGACUCGAUGGUAGUGAAUGGGAUUCUUGGGGAAUCAGUUACUUUCCUCUUAAAUAUUCAAGAACCAAAGAAAAUUGACAACAUUGCCUGGAUAUCUCACUCAUCCGUUGCUUUUAUAAAACCAGGAGUCAAUAAAACUGAAGUUACCAUAACCCAGGUCACUUAUAAAGGACGACUAGAAGUCAUCGAUCAGAAGUAUGACCUGGUCAUUAGAGACCUGAGGAUGGAAGAUGCAGGAACUUACAAAGCAGACAUCAAUGAAGAGAAUGAGGAAACCAUCACCAAGAUCUACCACCUUCAUAUCUACCGUCGACUUAAAACACCAAAAAUUACACAGAGUUUGAUAUCAUCUUUGAACAAUACCUGUAAUAUCACACUGACAUGUUCUGUGGAAAAGGAAGAAAAGGAUGUCACAUAUAGCUGGAGUCCCUCUGGAGAGAAAAGCAAUGUCCUUCAAAUCGUCCACUCCCCCAUGGACCAAAAACUAACCUACACAUGUACAGCCCAGAACCCUGUCAGCAACAAUUCUGACUCUGUCACUGUCCAGCAGCCAUGUACAGACACUCCAAGCUUCCAUCCUCGCCAUGCUGUGUUGCCAGGAGGAUUGGCCAUGCUCUUUCUGCUUAUUCUCAUUCCGAUGUUGGCAUUCCUGUUCCAUUUGUACAAGAGAAGGCGAGACAGGAUUGUCCUGGAAGCAGAUGAUGUCUCAAAGAAAACAGUAUAUGCUGUAGUUUCAAGAAAUGCUCAACCCACAGAGUCCAGAAUCUAUGAUGAAAUCCCUCAGUCCAAGAUGCUGUCCUGUAAGGAAGAUCCGGUGACCACCAUUUAUUCCUCAGUACAGCUUUCUGAGAAGAUGAGGGAAACCAACAUGAAGGACAGAAGUCUGCCUAAGGCUUUGGGUAAUGAAAUUGUUGUCUAGGUGAGCAUGCAGCACUCUCCCUCUGGAAACUGAGUUACAAGCAGAGCAGGAGACCAUCUGUUGCUGGACAUUCCUUGUACCCAUGUGGGCUUAUGAACACACUCCCUAAGUCAUCAAAUCCUUUCGAAUACUUUUUGUCCAAACAUUGAGCUUUGACACAAAGGAUGAAAUCAUGAAGGCUGUUCGUGUCUAUAGAAGACUGACGAUAGAUGGAAGAUUCUCAUGUCAAUAUGUAACAUCACUGUCCAAGAGUUGUGGGAAGAAAUCAAUCAAUAUUGUGAAUACCUGUAACACGCCAUGACAUACCAGCUAGAUGUUCUGUGCAGAUUCAGCUUGUGUAAGGAACCCUGAUGCAAGGCCUCCACCACCAGUCGCUACAGUACCUUAAGCAACUUAGGAAUGGCAGGAAGUGGCAUCUUUAGGGUAUAUGUUAUCCCUGACUUGAAUGCAUGGCAUGGCUAGCCAAGUGUAGGCUACAUGGCAACCCCUACCCAUUCCUCAGUUCAGGAACCACCAAGGAGGACACAACUGCCACUCUUAGCCCAAAUAUAGAUGGCCAUGCUACUUGGAAAGCUGUGGGCUGUGGCCCUAAGCCAGGUAGAUACAUUCUCUUACUGUGGCACGAAAAUAUGCUCUUUCUGAGCAGACUACAGUGCUAGAGAUCUUGAGCAGCCUCACAGGAUUUCCUUUCUGGCCAAGCUUUCUGUCCCUAUGUUUUACUUUAGUCAGCAGGAAGACACACAUUGCCCAAGAGCCUCACUCUCCAAAAGAGAAUUGGCCAGCUCCAUUUUUGACACUUUGAGGGAAGUGGUUGGGACUGAGCCAUCAAAAUAAGAGAUCUUGAAGAAUGCAGAGUCAUUUGCAUUCCUAAGAGGGAACUUGGGAGCUGACGGUGCAGAUGGUGUAACCAGGUUCAUUCCAGUUCCUGUGUUUUAGAUCUGAGAAGCAUAGGGUUCAAUCUAAGGUUGAGUUCCUUCACUCCGACAUCCUCACAAAGUCAAUAUCAGUUGGCAAGCCAUGAAGAAGAAUCCUCUAGCUGGACAGGGCAGCAUGUGAUCAUUCAAGGACAUGUUUGUCUUUUAUGUUAACAGUCCUCACCAGGGAAAUCCUAAAUGCCCAUGAACAUGAAUACAGAUCAUGCCCAGAACUGUAUUCAUUCUGUUUUCAUAAUCUAUUGAUACCUGUCAGGUCCCAAAGAAACCAGGGGCAAAGGGCUAACUGGGACAUCUACUAUCAUAUCAAAUAGCACAGGCUCACUUAGCACAUGCAGCUCCUGUCUGCUCUCCUCACCCCAGCACCCUCUUCUAACCCUCUCAUACCAAGAAUUUCCCUUCCCUCAGCUUCUGAUUCCUAUUAACCCAGCCAUUUUGUCCAUGCCCUAUCUUGGUUCCUCUCACUCUCUUGGUCCUCUUAGCCUUCCCUUCUCUUCCUCUCUUGCUCAAACCCCACCCCAUGAAUGAAAGACAUACACACACACACACACACCCCAAUAGGACUACUUUCCCUUUCCACCUAUAGUGCAGGAUGAUUUUUCUCAUGCAGCUCUUAUCUGAUCCCUCUCCCUCUGAGUCAUGGCGAUUCUCUCGUCUUCGUCGUCGUCGUCGUCGUCGUCGUCGUCCUCCUCCU